AUGCUGUUGCGUUGCGAAGAAUCGAUGAAAGAAGUUCUCUACACGACCAACGCUUUAGUUCGCGUUUUGCUAGCACACGACCAGGAGAGCCUAGCCGCCGAGGUGCUGAACAUGGCAUUCGUGGCGGGAGAUGGUGUGACACUCGGCGAUCGAUGCUUGCAUCUCGGAUUCCACGAUGAACUGGUCGAGCGGGAUAUUCGCGAACACAGGAACCACAUCAUUUAUUUGGCUGGCAUGAAGAAGUGGGUCGACUGGGACCUGGAACGGCAUCGCGUUAUGCAAUCGGAUGCGGCAAUUCGCUUCCAAAAGCAAGCCCGGAAUAGCAGCAGCAUGUCGGCGAUAAGACUCGCUGAAGUGAGAAACCAGGACUACGAGUUGUUGCGGGAAACGGUGAAGCUGGAGGCCAUCCAAACGGAAGUCGUCCGCAUCUCAUUGGACUUUCUGCAACAGAGCGGCUGGCGGGACGUGAAUGAGAUUCCAGUUCAGCACGCGAUCUUCCAGCAAGAAGAGAAAUUGCGCCGAUCGGAUCUAGCGGCGAUUCGGGGCGUCCAUUAUGCGGUGGUGUUGAUCGAAUUGUGCAAGGCAUUCGAGUUCACAUACGACGUGGAGGCUGCUCUCUCGCUCGCCAAGCUGAUCGCCAACGACGAUUUGAAGAUUUAUCAGGAUAUUGCACCGGUCGUGCUGCAGGAUUGCUUGAAGAAGCUGCAACGUCUGGCCGGCGGCAAGAUCAAUCCCGAA